CUGUAGGAGGUUGUUCAACAUCUUUCAUCGGUGUUUACUUUAGUAUAGAGAGGAAGUGGUCCACCAGAGGACUCACAUAUCGUGCUCCUGUGUAAGUAAGUAAGCCGCCGAAUCUGCCAUGAAGAUCCAAUGCCCGGAUAUUGAACAGGCUACUGGUCCUCGGAUGACGUGCCUCAUAUUGUAUGAAUUUGUCUUUUACACAUACGAAUCUGAUUCGUUGGAAAUUGGGUAGAGCAGCCACAGACAGGAGUUGUGCUCUCCGCUGUAUCAACAUUUUUUCUUGUAUCUAAAUCUCAAACGCCCGCUAUCAAGAUGGCAAUCGAGGAAGAGCAAAAGCUGCUAAGCGGCACUUCCGGAGGUGUUCCUGCAAAGAAAGCCACAAAGAAUAAACCGAAAGCGCUUCAUACCUGCGAUCCAAGGGGAUGCUUGUGUCGAACAUUUUGUCCCUGCGUUGCGGUGUGGGCCUGGCAGGGGUGUGACUCAGGAGGUAUGUUAGUAGAUAAAAUAAAAGCACUGUGACCUUUUGAUCAUUGAUUUUUUCCAGCAUGAGAAUCUCGCCAAUGAUGACACGCAAACGCAUUCAUUUUUUCCUUGUCAUCUCGUCCGGCAAGAAAAGAAAACCACCAGUCGUACCACCUAACCCUCAUCGACAUCGUUCAAACUUAAACUUUUCCAAAAAAAAAAUCCCCUUCAACAGCCGACGUAUCGCUCUCCUUUUUUUGCUGUGUUUGUUUUUACGCGCUUUUCUGCUGGCAGCCCCUGGAGCAGCAGAAAAUCUUUCGAUACGAGAAGGAAAAGCAUUGUUGUGACAAGUGCUGCGUGUGCGAUCCGAGAAAUAAAUCCUGCCGCAAUUGGUGCAGCCCCUGCGCAUUGUACGCGUGGCAGGGCAUGGAUUCCUGCGCGGACUGCUUUCUGGUGUUUAUUUGCUGCUGCUACGGCUGCUGCUGUUGGCAGCCGAGAAAGGAACAGAUAGUGUGGGAUCGAGUCGUCGUAGGGUCACCGAAAAAGGCUGCAGCGGGAAGGGACAGCGGAACAACCUCGGAGGCCUUCGCUGGAGCGUACGGAGAUAUGUACUAAAUCAGUUCAUAUUACUAGAAAUAAAAAAAGACCAAGACGAUUUUGUCAAGACGACGACCUUCAUUCUUUUUCGUACUACGGCCGCCUCCGGUGCCGACGAAUGAAUAGUAGCGCACCAAACAAACUGUGUAUGUGUAAGUGUAUGUGUUGAGUCUCAGCCGCGUGAAGAUGUUUCGCACUUUUUCACAGCCGUUUUUUGUAGAUGUAGGUGUAGUUGUCAUCUUCGUCUAGCCUGAUGUUCGAGUCACGUGCGGAUGGGUUUUCAAUUUUCAAUUAUCAUGCAUGGCAGUACUUCCGUCUCUUCUUAAAGAUGAAGCGCAGUAAAAGUAUCUGUAUGUAAAUAGAGACAGACACGUUGAUCGAUUGCUACAUCAGUCCCUUCCGAUUUAGAAAUUUUGACCUCCGCCUUGGAUCUUUCCUGAUAGAUCGAUCCACCCCGGAAUAGUAAUUUUGCAGCGCAUGAUAAGAACAAGAAGUUCGACAUAACGCAAAGAACUUGUUGCACUGGACGUCUAGAUGAGGAUCGCGUCCUUUUCUGUUUCGAACCGCAAUUUACAAGAGCAAAAACUUGGACCAGGAGCGCAUAAUUCAUCGCAACGCAUUCUGGUUCUUGAUUGUCAAAGCGAAGUAGAUGUUGAAGAUGUACUUACUAUCAUGUUCC